AUGAGGCGGGAGUGGUUUCACGCCAAAGACUGUGUCGACGUUGGCUGCAACUCCGGCUUCGUCUCCAUCGGCCUCGUGCGGCAGUUCAAUGUCAAGUCAAUGCUUGGCAUUGACAUCGAUCAAGAUCUGAUCAAGGAAGCAAGGAGGCAAUGGGGCAGCGUGGUGCGCGCAGAAAGGGAGAAGGAGAGUGAGGAGAGGGAGAAGGGGGGGGAGAAGGGGAGGGAGAAGGGGAGGGAAGAGAGUGAGAGGCAGCAGUUGGUGUCACGGGAGGGGAACAGGGCCAAGAAGCGGGAGAGGCCAGAUGAUGGGGGGGCGGUGGGUGAUGAGGCAGAUGCGCCAACGCGGUGGAGGAGGCACUCCCGGCUGCCAGCGCUGACACAGUGCUGUG